AUUAAACUAUUGCGGUUUUCGCGUCAUAUAAGAUAACUGUAGGGUAAAAAUAAUAAAUAAGUAAAAGAUUGAAAUGUUGCUUUUCUGGCACGAUUGAGACUGAUCGUGAGAAGUCAACGUCAACAAACAAUGGGAGAAGCUGUGAUCCGCACCAUCGUCGAAGCGAUUCACUCAUCACCGACUCAAGCCGUCGUGUAUCUCUCCGGCGGUGCCUCCGUGGCAUUAGGUUGGUUGAUGUCAGUUCCAGGAGCUUCGAACACGCUUCUAGAAGCCGUGGUGCCGUAUUCGAGGAUAUCUAUGAUCCAAUUACUCGGCAAUGUUCCGAAGCAACACUGUAGCCAAGCGAUGGCGAACGAGAUGGCUUUGUUAGCGUAUAACCGUGCGGUUAAGCUUUCUAAACCAGGAUUCCCGGUGAUUGGUGUGGGUUUUACGGGAGCAUUGGCAACUAAUCCUCCUAAGCGUGGUGAUCACAGGUUCUUUUUGUCUAUGAGGGCAUCCAACCGGAUCUGGGAAACUUCAGUCACUUUAACAAAGAACCUACGAACCCGAGAGGAAGAAGAUAAGGUGGCAAGCCGUGUGCUGAUCCAGGCUAUGGCCAAGGCCUGCCAAGUUUCUGGGACACUUGACUCUGGCUUGACCGAGUCUGAGGUGCUUGAUGAGUCGGAAAGACAGUUUAGUGAAGAACAAGAACUAGAGCAGGUUAUACGUGGAGAAUUGUGCUUUAAGAUUUAUCCGUUUUCUAAGGGAGAAGCAUACGGGUCGGAUCCAGACAGAAAGAUUAUACUGCCUGGUUCUUUUAACCCAUUACAUGACGGUCAUCUCAAGCUCUUGGAAGUUGCUAUGAGUGUUUCUGAAGGCGGGUACCCAUGUUUUGAAUUAUCCGCAGUAAACGCCGACAAAUCAUCUAUUUCAGUUGCAGAGAUUAAACAUCGUGUCAAACAAUUUGAAGAACGUGGAAAAACGGUAAUAGUUUCAAAUGAGCCAUACUUCUACAAGAAAGCUCAACUUUUUCCAGGAAGCAGCUUUGUAAUUGGCGCUGACACUGCAGCAAGGCUUGUUGAUCCAAAGUACUAUGAAGGAAGCAACAAAAGGAUGUUGGAGGUACUUGGUGAUUGCAAGAAAACAGGUUGCAAAUUCCUUGUCGGUGGCCGCAAAGUCGAUGGUCUAUUUAAGGUUCUAGAAGAUCUUGAUAUUCCAGAGAAAAUAAGAGACAUGUUUGUCUCAAUUCCUGAAGAUCAGUUCCGGAUGGAUAUAUCCUCUACAGAGCUAAGAAAGAAACAAGGGGGUGUUGAUAAGAGGAAGCGUGAAAUUGCUAAUGAAGAGGUUGAGCAAAGUUCGAAAUGAAAAAAAUGAUGUGGCAAGAAGAAGUUGUCAACAGUUUCAUGGAGUGGUAAUAAUGGUUGCGUUUUAUACUUACAGACCCUUUACAUACAAACAUCAUACUACAGUACUCCCACUAUUCUUGAUAAUAAUUUAUGCAGAAAUCAUUUUGGUUUCACC